AGAAGAUCAUUUGUUUCAAUACAAGUCCACACCAGGUGUUUGUGUUUACAUAUUGUGGUCCGCAGACAAGAAUGUUGUACCAUCGCUACUUGUGGGCUUGGGCUAUGGCCUGUACCAUCACUGCCGCCAGUGCUACCUCUGACGUUUCUUUCACCUGGCCCCCUCCGCAAGGAUCCAUGUCAGACUUCGAGUACAAUCUACGAUAUGGAUGCGACUUCAUGACUUGGUGUGGUGGAUUUGAUGGCGGAUGCUCCGCCGAGGUAUUUACUAUUUACAACACCACACGCUCAGGCCGUUGCUAACGCGCUCAUAUGAUAGUGCCAACGGCAAGGAAAACAAGGAUGGAAAUGCACAAGUCCCAAUUGCGAGUGUUUUUGCGAAUAAUGUGGUGGCCAUUCCGUUAAUCCUUGUUUCGGGGACACGCAUCAGAAGGUCCAUCGAGCGAUUCCAUGCAGUACUGUUUCCAUUGUGACAUUGACAUUGGUUUCAAUGUAUCCAAAGUAUCCGAGACUAGCGCCCAUCUUGACGGGGAGUUACCACUGGGCAGGUAGUAAUGAGAGGCUUUGAGGCAACGCUCCUAUAGGAGGAGCUAGACUGUACAACACAGCAUGAAACGACCUUGGGCUCCCUAUAGCCAGCCUAAAUAUCUGGGUUACGAAAGCAGCGUCCAUUAUUUGGAUCGGCCCUGUGUACAUACAAUAAGCUUACUGCUAAAUCCCA